GGGGCGCGGAUUUAUUGCCAGCUGAUGCAAGGAGGGGAGGGGAGGAUAAAGUAGUCCAGACAGAGGAGGAUUGCAGUUAUGGCUGCAUUGGUGGACCUGGGCAAAGUCGGAGCCAAUACCUUGAAAUAUGCAGCUAACGGGGAGAUGGUGGAGCUGAGGAGCUUGUGGAAGGACCAGCCUUGCGUGGUGCUGUUCCUGCGCCGCUUUGGCUGCCAGGUGUGCCGUUGGAUCGCCAAGGAAGCCAGCAAGUUGAAAGAACCACUGGAGAGCCACGGCGUCCGCUUAGUUGGCGUUGCGCCAGAAAGCGUGGGUCUGAAGGACUUUCUAGAUGGGAACUACUUCAAAGGAGAACUCUAUCUGGAUGAGACCAAACAGUGCUAUAAUGAUCUUGGCUUCAAAAGGUAUAACGCCUUAAGCAUAGUUCCUGCUGCACUGGGGAAGCCCGUUCGAGAAGUCGUCACCAAGGCAAACGCUGAGGGCAUUCACGGCAACUUCAGCGGAGAUCUUUUGCAGAACGGUGGGACGCUGAUUGUCAGCCAAGGUGGAGAGAAAGUCCUCUUGCAUUUUAAGCAGGAGUCCCCAGGUGACUACGUUCCCCUGGACACCAUAAUGAAGACCCUGGGCCUCUCAGCAGAUGCAGAAGAGGGGGCAAGGCCUGAGUGUAACGAAGAAGUCUGUACCACAUGAAGAAGGAAAGUACGAAGCUCUUCUGAACAAACACUCUUUCCUCCCUUUCUUCCUAAUUGGUAUAGCAUUUCUGCAAAGCAGUGAAGCUGAAGCCACAAAUCUAAAUUAGUAAAAUGUUUACUCGUUGA